AGCAGAGCUGGCAGAAUGAGUAGAGUCGCAGACGCUCCCGUUCCCGCCGUUUGCCUGUCUUCCAAAUCCCAAACCUCAGGCCGACCACCGCUCCUUCCAUUUAUACCCCUCUCCAGCUCUCUAUUUCCAUCUCUCCCCCCUUCUCCCCAACAGCAACAAGAUUCAAACGAAGAAGAAAAUUAAAAAAAGAGAGAAAAAUCUCAAUCUCCGAACAUUCUAGAAACUAUAUAAGCGGCAGCAACUGCAGCAGAAGGAGAAAGAGCAGAUCUCUGUCGAUGAGAGGGACCAAAGGGAGAGGCGUUUGGGGGAGCCUCAGCUUCAAGCUAGGGUUUCCAGCGGUUCUCGUCUUCUGCUCUCUUUUCUUCCUCGCCGGAUUCUUUGGAUCGAUGCUCUUUCUCUCCCAUGAUAUUGCGACGAAUGUGCAUAGGUCGAGGCUGCUGGAAUUGUCUGGGGAAGAGGGGGAGCAUGUUUUGAUGAUGCCGUCUGGAGAGACCGGAGAAUAUUCCAUCACCUCGAUUCCAUUUCAGGUUUUGAGCUGGAAACCUCGUGCACUUUAUUUUCCGAAAUUUGCAACUGCAGAACAAUGCCAGAGUAUUAUUAGAACAGCAAAGGCAAGCCUUGUACCAUCAACAUUAGCUUUGCGGCAUGGAGAAACUGACGAGAACACCAAAGGAAUAAGAACAAGUUCAGGCACAUUUAUCAGUGCAUCAGCAGAUAAAACGGGAAUCUUGGAGCUUGUUGAGGAAAAGAUUGCACGAGCUACGAUGAUUCCAAGGUUGCAUGGCGAGGCAUUCAAUAUCUUACGUUAUGAGAUUGGGCAGAGGUACAAUUCUCAUUAUGACGUGUUCAAUCCAGCUGAAUAUGGCCCUCAAAGAAGCCAAAGGAUAGCUUCCUUCUUGUUAUAUCUAUCUGAUGUCGAGGAAGGUGGGGAGACCAUGUUCCCUUUUGAGAAUGGUAUGAAUAUGGAUGGUAGCUAUGAUUACAAAAAAUGUAUAGGUUUGAAGGUGAGGCCACGCCAGGGGGAUGGUCUUCUAUUUUAUUCGGUGUUUCCAAAUGGAACAAUUGAUCAGACAUCGCUUCAUGGGAGCUGCCCAGUGCUUAAAGGUGAGAAAUGGGUGGCCACCAAGUGGAUCAGAGAUCAAGAAGAAAUAUGAAAAUACACUUUUUUUUCCUUUCUUUUUCUUU